AUGAGUAGAAAGCAAGGUAUUGAACCAAAAUUCAUUGUCGAUGAUAGAGGACAUAUCAUUGAUAAGGAGAAACAUGCAAAGCCCGGAACUUCAUUCCCUCAAACUACUGGCCAACCACUUGCUCAAUCAAGCUUUUCCUUUACUCCAGUCGGCUAUCAAGGUUAUGGCGUGAGACCAAAUCAUGUUAUUCUUGGAACAAGACCUCAAGUUGGUGAGACUAAUCCUCAAGCCCACCACUUUCUCCACAAACAUGAAAACAACAAGACAUUUGGUUAUUCCACUGCCAAGUUAAAUUCUUUGAAAUAA